AUGGAUUCAUCAGAACGAUCAACAAUUAGAAGUGAGCAGAAAUCCAGGAAGUUCUUAAAAAGUCUAAUAAGAAAGCAGCCUCGGGACCUUCUUCUUGUAAUUGGAACCGGCGUAAGUGCUGCAGUAGCACCAGGAAUCCCAGCGCUGUGCUCCUGGAGAAGUUGCAUUGAGGCGGUAAUUGAAGCAGCUGAGCAGCUGGAGGUGCUUCAUCCUGGAGAUGUUGCUGAAUUUCGUAAAAAAGUAAUCAAAGAUAGAGACCUGCUUGUGGUGGCACAUGAUCUCAUCAGAAAAAUGUCACCACGUACUGGGGAUACAAAGCCCAACUUCUUCCAGGAUUGCUUAAUGGAGGUGUUUGAUAAUUUAGAACAACACAUUCAGAAUCCUGUUGUUCUGCAAUCAAUCCUGAGACUCAUGGAGAGAGGCACAAUGGUUCUGACUACAAACUAUGAUAAUUUACUUGAAAUCUUUGGUCAGCAACAGGGUAAACCUAUGGAAUCUUUAGACUUGAAAGAUAAGGAUAAGGUUCUUCAGUGGGCAAGAGGUCAUAUAAAAUACGGAGUUCUUCAUAUUCAUGGCUUAUAUACUGAUCCCUGUGGAAUGGUGCUAGAUCCCUCAGGAUAUAAGGAUGUUACUCAAGAUCCUGAAGUCAUGGAAGUUCUUCAAAAUUUGUAUCGAACCAAGUCUUUUUUGUUUUUGGGCUGUGGAGAGACUCUGCGCGAUCAGAUAUUCCAAGCUCUUUUUCUUUAUACUGUAAAGAAUAAAGUGGAUUUAGAACAUUAUAUGUUGGUGCUUAAAGAAAAUGAAGACCACUUUUUUAAGCUCCAGGCAGAUAUGCUGCUGCACGGAAUAAAAGUAGUGUCCUAUGGGGACUGUUUUAAACAGUUCCCAGAGUACGUACAAGAUCUGACCGCUCAAAUCUGCAAGCAGAGAAGUCCAGAUGCUGAUCGAGUGGACAGCACAACACUGUUGGGAACUUCAUGUGUGGACUGUGCUAAAAGGAAGUUAGGAGAAAAUGGCACUGACUCUUCUAAGAGAAUCAAGCAGUCAGAUAAUGGUAUACUCACUAUUUAACGAAAAAAACCCCAAAGCCCAACCCAGAAGCUUUUUAACAGUAGGUGUUUUACAUCUGCUGCAUGGAAAGUUUUGAGCGGAGUAUUUCCAUGGUUUUAAGUGGAAUAAAAAUUGUGCAU